AUGCUUGAUUGUUCACCUAUGCCAACUCUGCUCCCUCUUCAACUUGACAGAGUACCGCACCAAGAGGAGUACUUCAGUGAUGCCAAAUACUUCAGGAGUCUUGCUGGUAAGCUCCAAUACUUGACCUUAACAAGACCAGAUUUCCAGUUUGCGGUCAACUUGGUCUGUCAGAGAAUGCAUAAACCAACAAUGGCAGACUUUCAUAUGUUGAAGAGAGUAUUACGGUACAUCAAGGGAACUAUUACAAUGGGCUUACACUUCUACUCUACAUCUGAUUCUUCCCUGAAAGCAUUCUGUGACAGUGAUUGGGCAGGUUGUAGUGAAACCAGAAGAUCAACUGGCGGCUUCUUCACUAUGCUCGGGUCUAACCUCAUAUCUUGGUCUGCUAAAAGACAGGACUCAGUGUCCAGAUCAUCCACUGAGGCUGAAUACAUGACCCUUUCAGAUACUGCCGCUGAGCUGUCCUGGAUAACAGAUGUUCUCAGAGAACUAGGCUUUCCGACUACAAAGCCUGCUGCAGCAUAUUGUGAUAACUUGUAUGCGGUUCACCUCACUGCUAAUCCAGUACUUCACAAGAAGUCCAAACAUUUCGCAACUCACUAUUAA